AUGAUUCGGAAGAAGGACAAUGCCUCCAAACUAAACAAUCUCGUGUUAAGCGCGGUUGCUCUUAUGUUCGCAGUGGCAACUGUGCAUCUUAUCUCAACUGUCGGCGCAUCGUACUACUAUAGCAACUUGAUCACUCAGUUCCUAGUGUCAAGCGGUGGCCAAUCCCAGAGCUUUACAUCGCCAUCACUUACGGGACGACUAUAUGCAAUGCAAGCAGUGCAAACGGUCGCGUUCGUUGUUCAGUUAUGGCUUGGCGACGGGUUCAUGGUAUACUUAGCAUUUGGUAUCAUGCUAAUGUACGACGCAACGGACGACAAACUUCAAACUAUGUCUGCCAUUAUGGCUAUCAAGAAUGCUUACGCCAUAAUCGGAAGCGUAGCUUUAUUUGCGACGAGCUUUGUUGUUCACUUGAGCUGUACCGCCAUUCUCGAGUCCGGUGCAAUCUACUCGCUGUCGAUUCUCAGCGUCUUGAUUUCUUACACUACCCUGACUGGUAUUGAUGGCUAUUAUAUGAUCAUCAUGAAUGCAGUCCCACCUUUAAUCGGCAUCACAUUCUCCAUUAUCAUCGUGCGAAUGAGUCUUGGUGUCACUGCCGAAAUUUACGUGAAGGAACGCGAAAAGAAAGUUGCAAUGGCUGGAGACACGAGGGGCACUACAGCAACUCCCACCUUGGUAUUCGCACAGAGACCGACCUUGGAUGAUGACAACCUGGAAGCAAAACAAGGAGUGCAGCUUCAAGUUUUCCGUACAAGGGAUUCGCUCCCGUAG